GUGCAUCUGCCGAUUUGUGUGCGACUUUAUUGAUUUUAUUUUGUUGUAGUACUAUUUCAUUAUUAGAUCGUAUUUUGACUCAUUAAUAUUAAUAAUCGUAAAAGAUGUAAGAUAAUUAGAUGGUUGCCACUAAAAACGCCAUGUCCGCAAAUGGGAACGGCGGUAACUACGCGCCACUGAAGCAGAUACUGUCGGACUCUGAAUCUGAAGACGACAAGCUGGAUAAUGCUGUUCACAUCAAAGCUACUGAUAGUUGCAACAAUUUGGACUUCAACAGUGGUUUACAAUCGUCUAAGAACUACAGUUUGAGUGACAUGGACGAGUUUAACACCAAUAUGAAUACAGUCGAAAGUACGAUGGAUAACGUGAGCUUCCUGCAGUCUGAUGUGUCCAACAGGAUGUCUUUCCCGCGUCUAUGCGCCUUCAUCACCUCGAUCGUGGUGUGCUUGCUAACUGUGGUCGUUUUCUUAUGGGGGAUACCUUGUUCCGAGGUCGGUAGCUGCGUCAAUGAGUGGCACGACAAAACAACUAGCUGGGAGCUUCCGUACGACGAAAUAGAGUUGUCGGGUGCCGUCCAAGUUGUAGAGGGGGCUAUACCAAACACGAAAAACCUGAUAUUCAUCUACAGAGGAAAUCAUAUGAAAGACGAGAAAUCUAAUUACCAACACGACAAUGUAAAUGGUGUGCUAUUAAUCGUUGGGAACUCUGGCAAGGUGGGCUGGUACACUAGAGACAAUAGGAUCCCAACUGAAAUCAACUGCCACCUGAUUGAUGUGAGCAGAGACAACCAGAAGGACUGUAUAGUUUCAGGGUCAGAAGGUAUGCUCGCUGCUCUAAAUCCCUUAUCUGGAACUUAUUACUGGAAUAUCCACAAACAUGGACAGACACUGAAUAUUGCAGCAAUUGAUUUCCCCAUUCUAUUGAAAGAUAUGGACAAAGACAAAGUUAGUGAUCUGUUGACCGUAGCAACAGUACUCCCAAACACAAACCAUAAUUCUUUGUUGAUUGUAUCUGGUGCCACUGGAAACAUAAUUGGUGAACCCAUGUCUAUAAAUGAUUGUUUAUCAGUCAAAUUACUUACUGAGUCAGACACAAUUACAUACAUCUGCAAAAAUGGAACAACAGAAGCCGUAAGAGUUAUAUCUUAUCCAAAUCUGUAUAGAAAACUCUUGAAACUUGACAAAUCAACAAAUUAUACAGCAUCCAGAACUUCUGUCAGUAAGCCAAUAAACCUGAGUCUCAAGAGGAAUAUAGGGAACACACGGGAGACAUUCACCAAUGGUCCAGGACAGUUGAUUGUUGAAAACUCUGGGGAGUGCCCAAAUUCAUGCAGGGUCAACUUGAAACUGAUUCUGGAAAGAAAUGGCACAACAAAUGCCAGCUGGGAGUACACUGCUGGCCAUGUUUAUGCCAUGAGGCCUAGCUCUUUUGCUUUUGCAAACUCAAUACGAGGCUUUGUACUAAAAUUAUGACAGUGGAACAGCGCACACCAUGCUAAAGGUGUGCAAAAACUCGAUGAAGUACGAUACAAUGUACAAAAUCAGAGCCCAAAGAACUACAAUGAUGUAUUUUAUUACAAGUCCAAUAUAGAUGUAGCUUCUAUUGCUUCAUUCAUAAAGUAUACUAAUUUCACUGUUCAUGAAAUAUCAGAGAGGAUAGUGUUGGUCUCAUUUGACAAAAUGCAGACUCAUAAUGUGAAUGUCAGUCAGACUGACAUCGUGCAAAUAUGUGUCCGUGGGCCGGUAGACACAAACGCACCUUUACCUCUAUGCCAACCAGACUUGGAGUAUCAGGAAAAGUCUUUGAUGAUUGCAGAUUUGGAUGGUGAUCAGUCUCAUGAACUGAUUUCCUACUACAGUACCUUUUCUCCUCCUGAGUCAUAUUCUCCAAAGAACACCCCAAACCCAUAUGAUAAUUGGCGAUUAACGUCAAUCGUGAGAGUCAUCCGGUUAGAAUCUGAAUUGCCAAAACUGUUUGUUGCUGAUAAUUAAAGUUUUAGGCAGAUUUUCACUCCAUAUUUAAAUUUAGUGAGCUUUAGGUUUCAAAUAUGCCAAACUUUGCUAAUGUGCUGUAAUAUGUAGCCUAAAAGCUAGGUCUAGUCAUUCGGUGAAUUACUAAUAAAUGUAUAAUCUAUGUUAUAGUUUAUCAUUCAUGCAUUACUAAUUGAUAAAAGUUUAUUAUAUCCAUUUUCACUCGCCUAAAGUGUUCAAUGUUAAAAGCAGGGUUCGAAAAUAUCCGAUAUUUAUGAUAUACAACAAAGGAAUUACAUCUAGUUUGGGUUCGUUGGACUUGUCUUUUCGAGCACUUUAGUGCUAGAUGAUGUUCAGGGUCCUGAUGAUGAAGUCAAGAGGUGGCAGGAGCUGGCCAUAGGAACUCCUAAACGAAACGGCGGAAGCUUAUCGAGUUUGGGUUCGUUGGAUUUGUCUUCCCGAGCACUUAGGCCAUGAGAUUGAGAAACAACUAAAAAGCUUAAAAUAAAGUUGUAAUAACAAAAACUUAUUUAAAAACAAGCUUGACUUUGUUUGAAAAUUAUAAUUGACUUCAUCAUCAGGACCCUGGACAUCAUCUAGCACUAAAGUGCUCGAAAAGACAAAUCCAACGAACCCAAACUCGAUAAGCUUCCGCCGUUUCGUUUAGGAGUUCCUAUGGCCAGCUCCUGCCACCUCUUGACUUCAUCAUCAGGACCCUGAACAUCGUCUAGCACUAAAGUGCUCGAAAAGACAAGUCCAACGAACCCAAACUAGAUGUAAUUCCGCCGUUUCGUUAAGAGUUCCUAUGGCCACCUCCAUACUCCAUCCAGCUCAAUGGUACCAUAAUAUUGCAUUGUCAUCGUACUUACACAAGUAUACCAAAUUUCAGCUCAAUUGGUUAAGGAGAACUGGUUUUAAAUUCAGUUGCAAGAUUUAUCUCAUACCAACUUACAAGCGAAAUGCUUGUAAAAAUGGUACGCAUAUCUUUUUUGCGACUAGUUUUCUUAGAGUAUUAUACCAUUUCGGAAUCUUGGAUAGUUGCGUCAACUUUAUAAAAAACUUGCCGCAGUAGUGUUCAUACUGUUUUUUUACAAAUCGACGAGUCAAAGUGGAGUGUAAGUAAAAAUCGUUCAAAAUUUUAAGGAAAUAUCAUAUUUUGAUUAACUUUUGUGUAAAAACUGCAAGGAUUCUGAGGGUUUUAAGAAUUGGGGUGGACAGCAGCAUUACUUAAGUUGCCGAUACAAACAAAAAAAGUGAAGUAUUUGAAAAAUUGUAGUCGUGGUAAUGUAAAAUAUCAUAAGGGGUGUCAAUUUUCGACGAAUUUCAUAAUUUAUUGUGUAACUUAAAAAAUAAUUGAGAUAGAUUUUUUUUCUUAUUUUUCCUAAAGCAGUCAUGACUAUGUCCACCCUGCGGCGCCAGCUUAUCCUUGAAUUUUGGGACACGUUGUAUAUCGGAUAUAUAUCAUAAGGAUAUUUUCGAACCCUGGUUAAAAGUGUAAUCAACUAGUUUUAAGAUAAUAUAGUUAGGGGUUAUAUCAACUAAGUGUGCUAUCAACUCUAGAAUCUCAAGUUCGAUAUAUUUAUUUAAUUAUCUUCUAAACUUUACUAAUAAAGUGUAUACUAUUAUCAUGUAAUUUCUAAAGUAGGUAUAGUUUUACUAACUUGUAAUCCAAAGUUUUUUUUUAAGAUAAUGAACUUAUCAAUGUUUUAUUGUGGGAGUUAUUUGAAAUAAUAAUAAAAUUAAUAUGUUGAAAUCUGAAUUGUGAAUCAAAUGCUUAUUGUAUGUAAUAAUAAAUGGUGUAAAUUAAAUGCUUGGCAUUGUACAAAAAAAUCUCACAAUAAUGUGAACAUUAGAAAACAUUGAAUAGUUUUUAUUUUUUAGUUUAGAAAUGAAGGUUCCAAUGUAUUUAACCUGGAUUGUUUUAACGUUUGACAAACUGCACAGGUAUGCACAAUGUAAAACUAUUAAGUAGGAUUUUUGUAAGGAUGGAUGUGAAUACUUAAAUAUUGUACUGCAAUUUUAAUAGUACUUAUCAUGAGUGUCAAAGUUGAUAUUUUACUAUAAACAUACUUUGAUAAAUGCAUCCUAUCUGUAUGUUUUGGUCUGCGCUAUUGAUAAUCCAAAGAUACAAUCUGACCUGACACUGAUCUUUACAAAACAUUUUUGUAUUAAUUGUAAGUGCAGUACAAUAUUAAAGUUUAUGGAUGUGAUUAGAGGAAGUGCCUUACCACGGGGCGAUGGUCUAGAUUUUGCAUUGUAAUUUCGUUUGAAUAUAAAUUAUUAUUAUAUUAA